AUGUACCGUACACAAAAUGAAUUGAUAUCACAGGCUUAUGAACAUGAGGGUAUCUACAUGUCUGCAAGUGAUUUCAAACCACCUUGGCAGAAUGUUAUGGUUGAAAUGCACAGUCCACCGCUACCGUUGUCCACGCGAGCAGUUGUAUCACGACCUAUUGAAUAUUCUCCUAAAGCGACAUUAGAGUCACAUAAUCCGUCACUUCAUCCUUCACAUCAAACUAGUGCCAGUUCUUGUGUAUCACAUGAUGCGACCAAUCAUGACAUAUAUGGUAGCAAUGUAUUCAUUACUGUACGGUCAAGUGACACUAACAUCGAUGCCAAACAACUUGAACCAGACGAAUUAGAGAAGCAAGCUCCAAUAGCAUCACUAGACAUCGAGUUGCAUACACCCACCAGUAGUUCUUCAUCGCCUAACGCCAACAUUUCAACCGCCGACAUAGUUUUCGCUCUCUGA